AUGUCCAUCGCUAUUGAACGACAUGUCCCAACUAACUGUAUGCUCGCGGAGCUAUGUAGAUACUCAAAUUCUAAUUCCUCCCAUUCCAGUUCGAGUUCCACGACCACCUCUUCUGCCUCCAAUUAUUCGUCUACUACAACUAGUGUAACCUCCGCACUAUCUUCAUCCCUUACAAGUUCCGCUACAAUCCCCGGCAAUACCUCUAGCUCAUCUAUGGCUUCCAGCUCCUCAAAGAGUCCUUCGAAAACUCCUCAGAUCCUCGCUGGCCUGUUUGGAUCCCUUGCUUUCCUCCUCCUACUUAUUGGCGUCUUUCUCUACCUUUGGAGCCGCCGCCGCCGCAGGCAAGGCAUCGUAGACUGGUUCGCGCAAACUCGAAAUCCUGUCUCUACUGCCUCCUUUCUCUCCCGCAGCCCGACGUUUGUCAGCCGACGUGGUAGCAUGCCUGAAUCCACGACAAGCAGGAGCGCGUUCUUCACCGCCGAGGAGGCUAUGGCCUCGUCCAUGUACACGUCCCAUCGAUAUGGCGCAUACGCACCUGCGAUGGUCUCAGCUUCGCGGGUCAACUACCACCAUAGCGGUGCAUUCCCGAUGCAGGACAGGGAGUAUCCCGGGAAUGGGCCCUUGUCGGUCGUCUGGCCUGAUGGACGGUCCAAGUCGCAUCUGUCCUUACUCAACUCGCAGUCGAAUUCGUCGGACCGGCGGCCUGUCGUACCUCCGUCGGUCUGGCAGAGCAGAGGGGAUCCAAUGGAAAGAGAGAGUAGAUAUGCGUUUUCGGACGCUGGAACAUGCGAGACUGGGAUCACUGGAUUGGCGCUGUAG